GUGAACAGGAAAAUACGUGAGAAGAGGCUUAUCACGGAAAGUAAUGGAAAAACCCGCUUGCAAAUACGGUGCUGAUUGUUAUCAGAAAAAUCCGGCACACAAGGAAAAGUAUUCACAUCCUCCAAAGCAAGGAAAGGCUCCGGAAACAGAGGAAAAACCAUCGCCCGGCAAAGGGGUUUCGGCCAACACAAGCCCGACCGGUCAAACUGCCUCCACGAAACGACUCUUCAGCGAGGAGCAGCUCGACGAGGAUUUGAAACGCUGCAAACGACCCCCAACACCGGAGAAGGAUGAUAAUAAUGCCGAGGAAGCGGAUAGCGGACACGCGUAUCAUGGAAUGGAACGGCAGCGCUACCGGUUACCGGAGGUUCCCAUGGACGUUGGCAUGAUGAGUGACCUGUACGAUCCACAGAUCGAGUAUUCGAAGCGAGCCGAGUACAAAGAGCUCUGCGAUGACCCGAAGGAGUUUAUCAGGCACAAGUUUCUCGUCACGAUGCCUCCGUGUUUCGAUUUGCUGUGGGAGUUCUGCAAGGAGGUAGCAGGCGCUGAUGGAAAACCGGAAGAUGUGUUCGAUACGAUUGGGCUUCGUCUGGUGGGGCCGUUCGAUGUGUUGGCCGGAAAAUUCAAGGAUGUAAAGAUACACGAGCCCGGUGACUAUCUACGCCACUGGCGUUUCUUCUACGAUCCUCCAGAAUUUCAGACGAUGCUUGUGAAGAAAGGUACCGGUUUACAUUACGGUUAUUGGCGUGAUGAUCCCACCGACGCCGACGGAUUGGUGGCGUUUAACGAUGUCAGCAAAGGGUGUGAAUUUAAAAUCAUCGGUGAAAACGUCUUCGAUGCCGUCAUUCACUUCCUUAACGAAAACGCAAGCGUUACUCCGUUCAAUAAGGGACCGAUCAACAGCAUGAAGAAACGCAUUGAAGAAUGGACUUCCGCAAAAGGCAUUCCGUUGCUGGCAGGCGAAAAGAUCAAGGCUCGUAAUAAGCUGAUCGUAUGCAAAACGUUCCAUAAGGCCGGGCUGGUGGUGCCUUACGAUAGGAAAAAAGAUCUCGGCUAUCGACCGCUGUUGGAAAGCGACGCCAAUCUGCGCAAGAUGCUGGCCAAGUUUAACAACAUCGACCGGGCUAAAGACAAGGAAAAGUUUCAGUCCGUGAUGAUGGAGCUACAGGCGCUAAUAACUGCAGCGAACAUUGCAGUGGAUGAGUGCGAUUUUGGGACGGCCUUGGAGCUGGCGUUGGAUCUGUUCUGCCACGGAACCUCCAAUUUGCAUGAAGUAAUGAAGCCCCUGUUCUUCACCGGUUAUUCCAUGGUUCAGCGUCCGCAGUACAUUGCCAUCAUAAAGUCGCACCUUGAUAACCGGCGUCAAGGAACAAAUCUGGAUUUGCUGGCUAAUUCAUAGUUCCGUCGAACGGAGGGAAGGAUCAAAUCAUCUUCAUUUCAUUUUGUCGGAUUUUUGCGUUCAAAGGAUCAUUCUGGCCUAUUUUUCAUUAUUUAAGGAAAAUAAAUUAUUCACGGCUAUAGCAGGAUGUAGCUGGCAAUCGA